UAAACAAUUUGUACUACCAAGAGCGGGAGGCGAAAAGAGCACUUCGUGCCAGUAACAACGCAGCAUCGUCGUCCACGACAAAUGUUGCUCAGCAACAGAAACAAGCACAACUGGUUCGURACGUUGCAAUGCAAUCGCAGUCCCAGAAUCAACAACGGGCAAAGGAUCAGAAGAAAAAAUCAAGAGCAUCUCCGCAAAACCAAGGAACCGGAACGAAUAACAAUGGAUGGGAUGACGACAAUUACGACUACAUUAUUAGGCCUGGAGAACUUUUCUACAAUGAUCGAUACAAAAUUAUGGAACGAAUAGGUAAAGGAAGUUUUGGUCAGGUUGUGCGAGCUGUAGAUCUCGAUCGCGAUGUCGACGUUGCCAUUAAAAUCAUAAAAUCAAAGAAGCCUUUUCUGAUGCAGGCGAGGACAGAAAUCGAGUUGUUGAAUCACCUGAACGAAAAGGAUCCAAAUGAUCAGCACAAUAUUGGUAAGAAGUCGUAUCUACGCAGAUAUUUGAGAUCCAUACAUCGGAGUGAGCAUUCAAGUAUUCUCACAAUUUCUUCUCUUCAUUUGAACAGUACGGCUGCUGACAUCUUUCAUGUAUCGAAAUCAUCAAUGUCUUGUUUUUGAAAUGCUGUCAUUGAACUUGUAUGAACUCCUUAAAAACACGCAAUUCGGUGGUGUUUCGCUUAACUUGAUACGUAAAUUCUCGAAACAAGUUUUGAAAGCAUUGUUGUUUCUGGCUCGCCAGGAUGUCGAUGUCAUACACUGCGACCUGAAACCCGAAAAUAUUUUGUUGCGGCAUCCUAAGAAAUCGGGUGUAAAAGUUAUUGACUUUGGCUCCUCUUGUCGAUCUGAUAGACGGAUGUAUUCAUAUAUUCAAAGCAGAUUUUAUCGUUCACCUGAAGUUAUCCUGGGAUUACCGUACGCCGUGUCGAUCGAUAUGUGGAGCCUGGGGUGUAUACUGGCUGAGAUGCAUACUGGAGAGCCUCUCUUUUCUGGUUCCGAUCAGUUUGAUCAAAUGCAAAAAAUUGUUAAGGUGAGUUCGCUUUGUAAAAGCUUUUUUCUCUAAGGAUAAAAACCCUUCACAAGUUGGAUGUUUCUCAUUCGCGAUUCUUGACUUGUGACAAACAGCUGUUAGGAAUGGUGCCAGAUCAUAUGCUUGAACAAUCAAGUGACCAGCAUCGUCUGCAAUUUUUUGAGCAAGUGAUCGGGCCUUCAGGACGAGUGAGUUGGAGUAUCAAGCAACAGAACACUGGUGGAUCCUCUCGUGCCGGAUMCUCGUCUAGAGUAGAUGCAGUGGGGCAAAAACAAGAUAAGGAAAUGCAAGACUUUCCGUCUUCUUCUAGAUCAGCUGCAUUGGUUGUACCAAGUAAAAAUCCGGCGAGAUCAUUGAUGGAGAUAAUAAGCGCCGAAACGCAUCGGAAAAAGAAAUAUCCACCUAGUGAAACAGGAAACUCCCCCCGCAACUACGAACUCUUCGUAGAUCUGAUUCAUCGAAUGUUGACAUUUGAUCCACGCAAACGAAUCAAGGCAGAAGAGGCAUUGAAUCACCCUUUUGUUACGGGUAUUGCGUCGUAGGCUACUGAAAUAUACUACCAUGCCACCACAUUGAGUACGAUGUCCCGAAUCGUGUUCAGGAAAAAAUUAACUGAUGAAAAAUGUUUUCAGUGCCUUUUCAAGAAAGUAAAAUUUACUUG